AUGCCAAAAUAUCCUAACAAUGAUCUAUGGAACCAAGGAAUGUCACAAACAAUAAAGCCCAAUCCUUUCGAUUCUGAACUUUUUUUGAAUCAACCAGAUUAUUUUGAACAAGCUUCUUUUUUCUCAUCCAAUUAUCAACCUAUUGCAAGUAAUAAAUUAGAAUUUAAGAACGUGCCAAUUAAUGAAGACUCGAAGAGAGAGUCAUUUAAAGAUGCUUAUCGUGAAUUAUGCAAUUCAGACAAA